ACGCUGAGACUGUUUCUUCUUCGUUCCGACCCUUCUCGUACUUCGUCGAUCACGUAGCCAUGUGACCGUCGCUCUCUUCGACAUUCACUCGACCAUGGAUGAUCCAUAAGAAUCGAUCAUAACCUCUCUCCAACAGCUUGCAUCGAACUAACGGAAAAUGCAACUUUGAGGUUAACGCCAGUCGUUCGUAGAAACGUUCGUAGAAACUUUUCUAGAGUUCAGAUUUGUCACGUGAACGAUGUAACGUCGAACGAUGAUCUCGCGUGUAGAGAAUACAGGAGUGAUGUUCGCGUUCACGGGGAAGAUUGACAGGACGAGGUUGCUGUCACGUGUGUAGGGUGGAGAAACGUAAAAGUGGUAGGAUUUCGCGCGCGUGAUUACAUCGAUGCGUGAUGUUAUUAUGUGAGACAAUGCGGUGGGGUGAUGGAUCGUGUGAUCUGUUGCGAUGCAAGUUUUUUGUACUUUUGGUCCUCGUCGGCUGCAGCGAUGGAUACUUGAACAUUUUUAUCAGCCAGUCCCAGGUUAUGAAACUGUUGGGACUCGAAGCUGAGUUGUAUUACGUGAGAGAAGGAGUGGUUAACACGUACGCGAUGAAUUUCGUCGUGCCCGUGCCUGCGUACAUCGCGGACCUCGAAUUCUCUUGGCAGAGUCUCACCGGACAUCCGCUACCGUACUCGAUGGAAUUGGAUUACGACGUAGUCGGUGUCCCCGGCGGUGUUUCCGGAAUGAUGGCGCUGCUUCCCCCCAAAGUGAAUGUGUCAGCAAGAGGAGAGGUGCCAGUCACCUUGCAAGUAUUCAGGAUCAGGCUACCGUGUUCCGGCCUCGUCAGCGCGCAAAUUCCAUUGGCUUUGAGGUUAAACGUCACCGCACCACCUGGCACCAAGUACAACGACACGAUUCUAGUAUUCAAGAGGAACAAGAUCUGCUUGAAAGUGUCGGCGCGCGCAAACGGAGAACAAUCCCCAAACCAAAGAACCGGAGAACAACCGGUCCUUUCCAUCGCUAUCUUCCCCCUCGUUUAA